ACAAUCGAUUGGACAGGGUAAAUGAACAAUCUGAUUUAGGUUAUGGCGAGGGCCGGUACGAGCUGAAUGUCAGUUAUUGCACAACCUGUACUACAAACUAGAUCUAUUUAUAUUGUGCUAAGAGUCAUUAUUGUUUAAGAAAAUUGUUUGUUUCACUAGGAAUUGUAACUCUAGCAACUUGCGUUGAUUUUCAAGAACACGUAGGGAAUCUAGAAGAAAUGUCUAUUGCGGUUGAGACACAACUUAGUUCUACCGAAGACUUGAAGAGAGUGGUGGGCUACAAGGCAGUGGAUGACUAUGUACAUUCUGGAAUGGUUGUUGGACUGGGAACUGGCUCUACAGCCUACUAUGCCAUUGAGCGUUUAGGUCAGAAGUUACAAGAGGGCUCGCUUUGUGACGUUGUGGGCAUCCCUACUUCUACAAAGACAGAGAAUCAAGCCAAGUCGUUACAUAUUCCUCUGGUUACCUUGGAUACUCAUCCUGUCGUAGAUGUAGCAAUAGAUGGAGCAGAUGAAGUUGACAAAUAUUUGAACCUGGUAAAGGGAAGAGGUGGCUCACUUUUUCGCGAAAAGAUGAUUGAAGCAGAAGCCAGGAAAUUGGUCGUUAUUGUGGAUGAGUCAAAGUUAGUAGAAGGAUUGGGAAUGACAGGAGCUGUACCUGUUGAAGUUACCCCUUUUUGUUGGAAGCAUACCUUGCGUCGGUUACUUGGAGUGGAGUGUCUCGCAGAAUGUAACGUUUCAGCAACUAUAAGACGUGAAAAGGGAAAUAUUUAUGUUACUGAUAAUAAUAACUACAUUGUAGACCUUUUCUUGGACAGGCCUAUCCCAGAUAUUUUUUUAGCAGCCCGGCAAAUUUCAGAGAUAGUAGGAGUAGUAGAACAUGGCAUAUUCUUGAACAUGGCAAACUUAUGUAUAGUUUCUGGAAAAGAGGGAACUCGAGUAAUCGAAAGAAAAUGUUGAAUAUUAUUGAGCUCUAUAUGCGUAUAUAGUCCCUAUCUGUAGAGCCUUUUCUAAAUAUGACUCGUUAAUAGGAACUCAUUAUGACCAAGAAAACUGAAGGAAUAUAACCUUUAUGUACUAUUUUGUUCCAAUUGAAAGAAUCCAAAGUGAUAGUUGCUUUAUAGAAGACUUUGAAAAGGGUUUUGUGAUAGUGAUCAGAAAACUUUCUUACAUCUGCUUCACAGAAAGGGCAAUUGUUCCAUUGACACAUGAAGCUCCUCACGAGUUACUUGACUUUUACUGACUGAAAGCUGCCUCUUUAGUUUUUCAGGAAUGCAUUCCUCACUUGCACUUAACAAAUCGUAAAAAAAAAAAGGAUUGGGUGAUACAGGAAAUUCAAUAUACUCUAUUGUAUCAAGAAAAUAUUCUCGAACUCUGCUAAAUGUAUUCAUAUCAUUUAAUUAGGUAUUGUAUUUGGAACGUUUAUUGAAGUAGCAUAAUAAAACAAGCUACGUUAAGGCGAAGAUUUAUUUCAAUAGUAGAUUGGGAGAGAUAUUGUCUGCUCUGGACCAAAUGCUUUGUUAGCUUUGUAGUAUCCCAGUGUUUGCAGACAAUUUGUUUGAGUCGACCUCAUUCAAAAUAUAUCUUCACAAGAAACAAUGGCAACAUUCUUCGCUUAUUAGGAUAGCUCUUUAGCAUGUAUUAAUGUUUUC